AUGGCGGCGUUCACCGUGCCGAAGCUUGCCCUGAUCUGCAUUGAGACGGACUGGCUUGAGCAAGUUGACGUUCUAGUAGUUGGUGGGGGUCCUGUUGGUCUCAUAAUUGCCUAUCAACUGGCUCGCAACCUCCCUCGUUCUACCCACAAGAUCAAAAUCAUCGAGAAGUACCCGAAAUCUUCUCAGGACCAAUAUGGCCGCGCCAUCACACUCUUCCCGCGCAGCUCGGAAAUGCUUGACCAACUGGGUCUUGCCGAACAGCUCGCGCAACAAUGUUUCGCUUGUCGACAGACUGUAAAUUAUGACAAGAAUGGGAAAGAAGUACCAGGUCGAGGCUGGAGCUUCAUGGAAGAUAUGAAGGAUACGAAGUGGGACUUUGCGCUAGUUCUGAGGCAGAAAUACCAGGAGGAAAUAUUCAGACGGGCGCUGAAGAGGCAGGGCGUUCAGCUUGACGCGCCAUAUGCUCUUGUCGAUAUCCAAAUUCUUGAUGACAUUUCUCCGGGCGGCUUAAAGAUAGUCGCAACCAUUGAGCAUCAAGUUACAAAAGCCAGGAGCAUUGUCAAGUGUAGAUAUCUUGUAGGUGCAGAUGGCGGGAAGUCUUUCGUCCGACGAGCGAUGAAUAUUCCUUUCGAAGGCUCCUCAAGUGAAGACAAGUGGGUGCGCAUUGAUGGCGUGGUCGAGACCGAUAUGCCAAAACCACGUUCUUAUGCGGCAAUCGAAUCUCCAACACAUGGAAAUGUGCUGUGGGCCGCUCUCGAUCACGGCGCGACUCGCAUCGGAUUCGCAUUCACGGCAGAGCGACAGAAAACAUAUGAGGCGUUUGAUGAGAGAGCUGCAGUUAAUGAGGCGAUCGCCUCUGUUAAGCCAUUCUCUAUCAAGUUCAACACGGUCGACUGGUGGACUAUCUACGUUGUCGGGCAGCGCAUCGCCCGUUCUUUUUACGUUAAUGACUGCAUCUUCCUAGCGGGCGACGCCUGCCACAACCAUAGUUCUGGCGCUGCGCAAGGACUUAACACGGGAUUGCAUGACGCUGUCAAUCUGGGCUGGAAGUUGUCGCUCGUUCUUCAAGGCGUCGCGAAAUCACAUCUUCUGCAUACAUACCAAUCGGAGCGACAACCAAAUGUGGAAAGACUUAUCAACUAUGACAAGGAUAUCUCGCGACUUAUGACGAUGCAACUACCGGAGAACUGGACUGGCGAUCCCGAUGCCAACCCGAAUGAAGUUCUCGGAGUGGUCAUGAAGGAAGCCGCGGCUUUUAGCAGUGGACUGGGCAUAUACUACGAAUCGGACACUUACCUCAAUAUCGGACAAAGCUCAGGCUUGUCGUCGAUCCAGGCAGGUCAGCGAGCGCCCGAUAUACCGCUGCAGAAACCGGCGACAUUCGAAGCUACGAGACUCCAAACAGAAACGCCAAAUCAUGCGACCUUUCACAUUGCUUUAUUCGCUGGCGAGGUUGUUCAGACGAAGUCGUCACUUGCUGCUUUCGCCAAAGCUGUUUCGCGUGUCGGGUGGCUUUUUGACGUCAAUUUGCCAAUCCGGUGGCUGUCUAUUCUCGCGGAGCCUGGAGGUUCUUCUGCGUUUGAGACGCUGGAGGGCAUGCCGUUUGGUAAAGUGUUCUACGAUGGGGAUUGCAGUGCACACAAGCGGUAUGAUAUCGAUGUUAAGAAAGGCGCAGUAUUUGUACUCAGACCUGACGGCUGGGUUGGCACGGUCGUAGAGAUAGAUGGAAAUGCAGCUGGUAAGUUGGAGAAGUACUUCAGUAGAUUCAUGGUGGGUUUAGAACGCCCGCUUGAAGCGAAGCUGUAAACUUCAAUCUGAUUCUCUGGCGGAUUCAAGCAAUUAUAAUUACAGCGGCAGUUGCCACUCGCCCUC